AUGACUACAAGCGUCCCUAGGAACCUCAUUGCAAUCAUCGGCACCACAGGAGUCGGCAAAUCACAGUUUAGCAUUGAGCUGGCCAAGGCUCUUAAUGGCGAAAUCAUUAACGGUGAUUCCAUGCAAGUAUACCGGGGGUUGGACGCCAUCACAAACAAGCAUCCAAUACCAGAACGCGAAAAUAUACCUCAUCAUCUUCUAGGCCAUGUUCCAUGGGCUGAUGAGUAUAGCGUACAACAGUUUGAACGUGAAGCUUUGCAAGUUAUUGAUGAUGUAUAUGCUCGAGGCAAGUUGCCGAUUCUUGUAGGAGGAACUCAUUAUUAUAAUCAAGCAGUAAUUUUUAAAAAUUCGACAUUGACGGAAAGUCCAGGGACUGGGAAUUAUGAUGAAAGGGAACUUACAGAGGAACAAUUAAAGGUAUUAGAUGGACCUACUCGGGGUAUUAUAGAUGAACUUAAGAUCCAUGACCCUCUGGUUGCACAAAAGUUUCAUCCAAAUGAUGGUAGAAGAUUACGUAGAGCACUUGAAGUGUUUUACACAACAGGGAAAAAGACAUCUGAUUUGUAUUUACAACAAAAAAAUGAAAACGAAGGAAAUGGAAAUGGAGAUGGAGAAAAAGAAGUAGCUCUUGAUGCUCGGUUUCGGACUCUUGUUUUUUGGAUUUGGUCUGAACAAACGCAACUCAACAAGCGGCUAGACGAUCGAGUAGAUGCAAUGCUUAACAAUUCAUUAUAUUCUGAGAUUGAUGAGAUGUAUGAAGAAUAUUUAAAAAGGGGUGGUGAUGAAGAAACACCAGACUUGACUAAGGGUGUAUGGCAGGUGAUUGGAUUCCGUCAAUUUCUUCCUUGGCUAAGUUCUGGGAAAGUAUCUAGCGGGGUGCUUUCUGAGUGUGUGGAAGAAAUGAAGCGUGCUACUCGCAAGUAUUCCAAACAACAGACCAAGUUUAUGAAAAAUACAUUAAUGCCCAAGAUCAAUACAGUGAUUGAAAGGAACAAGAAAGAAUAUUCAAAUGAUCAUAAUCAUGAUCAUAAUUAUAACAACCAUAAUAGUAUUGUAGCUACAAUACUAGAUGCUACUGAUUUAUCACAGUGGAGUGACAAGGUGGCAGCUACAGGGAUUAAAAUAGCUCAUGAGUUUGUGACCAAUCAAGUGGAUAAUUGUAUUUUGGUGGAUGAGAGUGAUAAUGCUUUACGGGAAUUACUAGUAACACCAAAACAGUUUGACGAGAGUCAAUGGCAAACUUUUACAUGCAAUGUAUGUGAGAAUUCUGAAGGUCAAAAGUAUGUGGCUGUGGGUGAGGCGCAGUGGGGACAACAUUUAAAGAGCCGCAAACAUAAGGGGACUCUUUCAAGAGUGGCUAAGAUGAAACGGAAUGCAGAGGAGAUGGCUAAGCGAGGAAUUGUAAAGAAAAAGCAAAAAAAGGAACUUGAAAAUUAA